UUUAUCACUCACUGGUGGUUUGUUCUGUUCGCUGGUCGAAUGGAGUGUUAUAAAAUCACAACAAGGUCUUAAACGUGGGUAGAUUUGCAGAUUAUUGUAAUCUGGCGCUACUCAUAGUAUAAAGACUAGCGGUCACUUUCUUUACGUUUCCAAAAGAACCCGUGGCAAAUUAUUGUGGAAACCUACACAGACAGUGCGGGCGCUUUUCCGUCUUCUGACCGUAUGAACGAGGAUACAGGUUGUAAUAUUCUUAAUUUGUAAAUAUCACUAUUGGAUAAGAGAUUUGAGAAAAAGGAAAAAGGAAAUCAACAAGUACCAUAAAGUGAUUCCAUUUGCAUGCGUGCUUCUGUGUGCACAAAAUGUCGUCUUCGCAAGAAGCGGGCUUCGAUGUACUGGACGAAGUUUUUGAAAAUUUUGGACCUGUGCAUGUAGAUGUUGACGCCUUCAUCGAUUCAGAAUUUGAUCGCGCCCUUGGCGGCGAAGAAGAAAUAUUUUGUUCCAUUCCUCUUGUUAAAGCUGAAGAUGACAGCAAGCUAGUAUUUGAAAGAGAAGAUAAAAGCAGAAUUGCAGUGGAGGCUGCUUUUCAAAACAGCUUCGAAUUCACGUAUGGAAGUAACACGCAAGUAGAGUUGGAUGGUGCAGUUUCAUCAUCGCCUCAGGAAGAAACGAAACGCAGUGAGCUCAUUUGUUCUCGCUGUCGCGAAAUUAUUGACAAAGAUGAUUUUGAAGGCCGCUACCCGUCCAACAAAACAACAACAACACGCGACAGAUGCACUGGUGGUAGGUACACAAUAUCAUAAUUUGGUUAGGUUUAAGUUAAUUAUUUGUGUAUACUCAUGUUUAUUACAGCAUGCUUUAAUAUAAAUGUAAGCUUAUAUAUUUACAACGGAUGUAGAUACAAAUGAUAUGAAAUGGUGCAACUCGAUGAUCCAUCGAGUUUUGGUUAAAUAUUUAUCGAGACCUUGGUCAAUCAGCAUUGUACAAUGCUGUAAAUGCAUGCCUUUAAACUUCUUAUAAUUUGUUCCGUUUGACGCGAGUUUAAAUAGGCAUCAUGGCUGUAUAUAAUAUCGUUUCAAUUUGUGGUUGUUAUCAGCUGCUUUGUUAAUAACGGAUCCUAAACCUCAAAAGCAUUAGAUCAAGAUGAAAAACAAUAAGACCUGUAACACGCAUAAUAUCUCGAUAAAUUUAAUAAAAUAAAAUGCCAAGUAUCAGAUCUUCACUUCGAAAUGAAUUUUUAAAUAGGAGUUCAUUUGUAACCAAUGAUAUCAGAAAUUAACUGACUUGGCCACGAGUAUGUUUUCAUUAUUUGGUUCAUUAUUUUGGUAACUCAGGGUAACAGUCAAGUGGCAAUUUCUUUGCUGAAUAAUUCAGCAAAGAAAUUGCCAAAAAAAUCUGGGUUCUUUAAUCUGAAGACAGAUAUUUUGUUCCUUUGAUAAAAUCCUAAAAAACUGAUGAAUGAUUGAAAUGGCCGAUACUGAAUCACACCUAAAAUCAUUGAACACUUUGGAUACUUGUAUUGCGUUCGGUUUAUGGUUGUUUCGCUACAAAGUCAUUUCUCUAGAAGUCGUCUUGCUGCAUAAUGAAGUUGUUUUGCUGCAAGCUUGUUAAAAUUGUUUUAAAAUAAAUUAGAAUGAACUACAAACAGGUAUUAACAAGUUAAAUACCGUGUCGCUGAAGUACUCCCUGAGAGUUAUUGCUAGCAAACCUUGGAGCAUGGAAAGGAAAGGAGACUUGAUUAGCCUUAAUAAUUAUACAGCAGAAUCGUUAUGUACCAUUCACUGAUGAUGGAAGCUCUCUGUUUUAAUGUAUGAUUGCAUGAACACAAUUGUGACAACAGCGAGAUUACAAGCAUACGCUUUCAUUAUUUUAUAACAUAAAAAAGUAAAGCGCAGGCUUUGAUUGGUCAGUUAGCCAUCAACCAUUUGCCCAUUUUUCCACGCUAACGAAAAGCUAGCAUAGUAAAACUGAGGCAAGUUGAGAAAAUCCUCUUUCUAGUAAGGUCAAAAAUGCAUUAGUAAUAGUGAGUAGAGAAACUCAGUGAGUGACAUUUUUACAGGAUUUUAGCCUGGCAUUUAAGGUCCAUGUACUUUAUAGUAAAGAAAAUUAUGCUUCACAAUGGGAAAUGCAUCUAUUAGCAUUGUGUCAUUGACUUUUUAGUCAGUUUGAUGUUAAAUUCAAGCAAAAAGCAAAUAUUUUAGAAAACGUACUCAGAUUCGAGAGAGUUUUAUUGUGUAACUUGGGUCUAAUUUUAGUUGAGAGUACGGACACAUGACUCUGGAAUUGUAGUAUGAAUUUCAUUUGAGAACAGAAAGAUUUGGGUUUUCAAAUCAAUUUUUCAAAAAAUAACUUCUCUGUUUAUUUUUUUUUGGGUGUUUAUUCAUAACAGUUAAGUUCAAAGUAAAGCCUGCGGAGGCGAAGAAUCAUCUAUACAAAAUCCAGUGUGAAGCACUUAGAUUAGGACCUGUCGACAUCUCUUCCAUGUGAAGACUCCUUUAUGAUGAUGAUGACUCGCGAAACUGAGACUUUGGAUAAUUUGCUUCUGAAUGGCCUCAGCUUGAUCAAGUGAUUUAAUGAGUUUAGUUCUUCCAUCUUGUGCCUUUUAUUGCCUACGCAAUACAGUAUCAAAUUAACAUACAAAUAGUUAUUGCGUCAAAAGAGGCUUGGAAUUUUUUAAAUCGACAAAUUGAAUGCAAUUAAAAUAUGAGUGGCCAUGAGCUUGUGAUAUUUUUGAUAAUUAUGAUUGAUGUUAUCUACGGACUGUUUUGCCAGAUUAAUGUUUUAGGAUUCUGUAUAUAGAGCUUAUUACAUAUUAUAGUUAAAUUGUCAUGUCUUGUCUUGAUCAAGCCUGUGCACUAAAAAUCCACGCAGAGAAUGGUACAGCCAAGUGACCCUAGGUUCUAAUGUCUUAUUCUGUUACUAUCAAAUGUGCUGAGACUGACCUGUGAGGUUUUUUACAAUACAGUGGACAAUGGCCGUGCAAAUAGUGGUAGUGUUCUUAGUGUAAAAUAAUAUUGUUCAAUCUUGGAAUCACUUAUGGACAGUUACCGUAUUUACCCGUGUAUAAUGCGCACCCGUAUAUAAUGCGCACCCUAUUUUUCAAGACACUUUCUAGAAAAAAAUUGUAAUUCCUAUUGUCAUUAAAGCCACAAACUGAAACAUUUUCAGCGCAAAAUACAACAAAAUAUUCUUCAGUAUAACAGUUUAUUACAAGUACCCGUAAACUUUAAGUUUACAGAAGAAAAGCUCGACUUUUUUUCUUACAAUCUUUGUUACAGUACAGCAAUGAUCCUAGUGGCCUAUUUACAAUAAUACCGAUAGCUUAAAAUCCUUCGAAGUCUGACUCUGACACGAGUGAGUCAUCUGCCACGAUCGAUUCAUCAUCUGAGGAGGUAUCAAAUAUAAAAUCGUCUUCGGAACCGUCCAAGGAAUUUGUAAUUCCGCACUUUAGAAACGAAUUCGCAACCAUUUCUCUUGGAAUGUCACGCCACGCUUCGCCGAUCCACUGACACAUGAGCUCUUCUGAUGGUUUUUUCUGGCGUCCACUCGCCGUAAGUUCAUGAAUUCCUUCAGCCAUCCAUGCCAUCCACUUUUGCCUCACUCUGUCUUUGAACGGCUUGUUCAAACAAACAUCUAAAGGCUGCAACACUGAAGUUAACCCCCCAGAAAUAACUGCUAAAUCUGUGUUCUCGCUUUUGAAUGAACGCUUGACUUGCCCGGUCUUAUGGGCUUUGAAAGAAUCAAGCACAAGAAGACUCUUUCGUCUUCCAAGUCCUCUGAUUCGUGAUCGCCAUACUUUCUCGAUCCAAAUUUUCAUGAUAUUUUCAUCCAUUCAUCCCUUCUCCUGCACGGCAACAACGACGCCAUGUUUGUUGCAAUUUUGGGCAUGGUUUUGUGUUUGAAAAUAACCAGCGGUUUCAGCUUGGAACCGUCUCCUGCGCAUGUCAAGACAACCGUCAGGCAAUUCUUUUCGUUUCCAGUUGUCCGAAUCUUCACAGUUUUCUCGCCAGUUUUACUGACAGUUCGAUUUGAGGGCAUGUCAUUCCAAACUCUCUCUGGGCUGCUCGAUUUCCGUGUUCUUCUGCAAACUGUAUAAUCUUUAACUUUUCUGAUGUUGUAUAACUUUGUCGCUUCGUCGCCAUAAUCGAUCACGUAAGUUAACAGUGAUUGAAAUAAAGAUACUUGACAACAUUGUCUUUAAAUACCGAUUGUUGUUUAUUGAUUGUAAUUAAACAGCUGUGAUAGGUAGUUUAUAUUCUUGUCAUAACAACAGUCCUGGAAACAGCCAUCUGCUAUUGUUUCUUUUGUUUAUGCAAAUGAGUAGCACUUCGGAAACAAAAGGUUCCGUGUAUAAUGCGCAGCGUAAUUUUUCAGCCUCAAAUGUCGUAAAAAAAGUGCGCAUUAUACACGGGUAAAUACCUGUGAGGUUUUUUACAAUACAGUGGACAAUGGCCGUGCAAAUAGUGGUAGUGUUCUUAGUGUAAAAUAAUAUUGUUCAAUCUUGGAAUCACUUAUGGACAGUUAGUAAAUUUAUUUGAAAGAUUUUCACUUACCUGUAAGUUCAUAACCGCUGAUCAUGAAUGAACUAACAGACUGAAUUUCACAAAAAUGUUAUAAACAGGGACAAAGGUACGACUGUAUGUAGAAGCUUAAAUUUUUAAUUAUUACAAGAUGAAUCAACUUCAUGAUGCAGCGAAAUGACUUUACAACUUUGCAGCUCAUCGACUUCAUUAUGCAGCGAAAUGACUUUGUUGCAAAGCACCCUUGUAGAAAUUCAGUACAUUUAAAGUAUACUUUAUAUAGGUGAUAAACACUUUAAAAAGUAUACUUCAUUUGUACUUAAAGGAUACUUUAAGUAUACUUACCAGAAGUAUACUUUAAGUACACAACUUUUCGACACCUAAAAAGUAUACUUAAAGUAUUCUUAAAUGAAAGUAUACUUGAAGUAUACUUAAUGGGAAGUAUACUUCAAGUAUACUUAAAAUAUACUUAAAGUAUACUCAAUGCAAUAAUGUUUAUCAAUCACUGAGACACGUCAGACUUGGAUCAGUUAUAUUGUAAAAUCAUUUAUUGAUAUAACAAAAAAAAACUACCCUUAACUUAUAGUAAUACAAAUGUACUAAGAAAUUAUAAAAAAUAUAUAGCAAAUCUUGUUGAAAUAGGUUUCCACAACAUAAGAAAAUACAUUUUCUAUCCUACCAAAGGAACUCACUGCAUUUGAUUACCAUAACAUAUUAUUCUUCUUGAUUUUAGUAAAAUUUUCAUUGACAAUGAGAUCAUUUCAAGGAAGGUGCUUGUAUAUAUUAACAGGUUUCUUUCUGAACUUUCUUUAACUCACUUGUACUUAAUAAUUAUUGCUUAGAACCAUCACACAAUAUUCUUCUUAAUUUUAGUAAAUGUUUAAUAGACAAGAAUGAUUAGAUCUGUACUCUUUGGCUACAAAGUAAAUUGUGUCAUUACCUUAUUUUAAAAGAAAUAUGUCUACCUAUUACAUACAAAAACUGGAACGAAAUGCGAUCUAAUGAAAACAAGACUUGGGUUUCAUAUUUUGAAUUUACACUGCACUUUAGGCGAAGUAGACAAGCUUUCGCUUUGUAAACCUUAAGGCUUAACUCGUGUAUCAUUUGCAAAUGACUCGCAAAGAAGAAUCGAUAUAUAUUGGAACGACUCGAACUGAUAUAUUUCUCACCCCAAAACUUACUUGUAUCGUCAAAAUUCAGUCAUGGUGUACUUCUUUUGUUUUCUUUUCAAGUUCCACUCAUAUUGUACUCGAAUUGUGAGGAUAAAUUAAAGGCAAUAUUCCAAGCGUAUAAAUAUCUUGAAGACACGCUCGGCAAAGCUCAACGAACGUUCCUUCGAAUCUGUAUCGCCCGCCAAAACCAUAUAUGGAAGUUAGGUAUGCUGUAAAUGAUUCAUACAUGACCGUAUUAGGAAAUCCACAAGAUCCCGUAUAUGUUCGGACGGCACUAGAAGUCAGCGGUAAUUCAACACCUUCAUAUAUACUUUUCUUUCCUCGAACGUAAAGAUGUCCGACGAUGAGCGAUGGUUUUGCUUCGAGUUUUCGUUCUAUUUCUUAAGGUUCUCGUAAAAAAGGAGGUAAAACGACGCGGGCCUUAAUUAAAUCUAUUAUCUUUUACUGCCAAAUGCAAAAAUUCCACGAAUGACGUUAAAGAAAUGACCAGAAUGAAACUGUGUCCUUAAUAGAAGAAAACUGAUUUGAUCUGAAUAGUAUUUUGAAGUUAAAUUAUACUUAAAGCAUACUUUUAGUAUACUUUUGUCUUGUAGUGAUUUCAAGAUCCGGACAAACCUUCUUAGAUCCUCAGAUCAGAAUGUGUCUUUCAGUUUCAAAGUAUACUUAAAGUAUAUUUUUCUUUGCGAAACUAUUUUUCACAAGCAGUGAAGUUUGAAGAAGUAUACUUAAAGUAUACUCAAGUAUUAGAAGUAUAAAUGAAGUACAUUUGCCAAAUAUACUUCAUUUAUACUUUUUUUCUAGAAGUAUAAACGAGGUAUACUUCAAAUGUACUUUUUUUCUGAGAAGUACAUAUAAAGUAUACUUGAAGUAUACUUAAAGUAUACUUAAAGUAUACUGAAUUUCUACAAGGGCAAUCAUACAUGUACAUGUACUUUGUGCUUUAACACCAUGGCUCUGAUUGGUUUGUCAAUGAUUCCCAUAUAGGGAGUCGCCAUACCAUAAACUUAACGCAAAUUAUUCAGAAAAUUGAGGCAGAAAUCUGAUUCUCAGCAACCAUUUGUGUAGCCUGAGAAAACAACUGCCAUUUCAUGAUGCCACCACUGUUUUCCCAAGAAAUGAUGUCUGAGAAAGGAGUGCAUGAAUACAGGAAUUCCAUCUGCAGAUGAUGCAACACUACCCUAGUUCUUCUAACUGGUUGAAGCAAAUUUCCUUUGCAGCACAACCAAUCAGAAGCACUUCCCAGAUCUGGGAAGUGACAUGUCAUCAGUGUCGAAUUUCUGCACUUCUUUCUCAUUUUAGGGGAAACCAGUGGUGGCAUCAAAAAAAUGUCAGCUGUUUUCUCAGAAGCUGUUUGUGGAGAAGAGUGUUGUGUGAUGAUGCAAAGAAUGGCUGUGAAGGCGGCGAUCUGAUGUGUUAUAGAUUUGUGGUGGCUGUUUUUUUCAUGAUGUGUCCAGGGAUUACAAAUUUCUAUUUCCCUUUGAGGUCACUUUGACUCCUUGUCCAAAAAUGUUGGAGUCAUUUUUGAAAAUGUGAGGUCAAGGAACAUAACAAACAAAACACUACAUUUUCAAAGAAAAACAAGAUGUGUGCUUUAAUGCAAAGUACUACAUUUCCUUAGAUAACAGCAUAGAACACAAGUACAAUUUUAUAUAAAAAUGUCUUUUUCCACACCAAAUUGUUCCAUUACUGCUCUAGAGUUCUUGAGGAAUAUUAACAACACAAGAUGAACAGAUUUUUAUCUUCCCCUUCGAGCUUGCUGCCACUUCAGAACACACUCAUCAACGAAAUCAUCCAGUUCUGGAGGUCCAUUCCGUGCGGAAUUUUCUUUUAGGAGCCUGGUCUGAUGUUUUAUCCAGACUCCGCUUCCUCGAGGACGAAGCUGAAGGCGCGGCCAUUUUGAGCACGUGCAGUGAAGGCACUUAAUACCAUUAUUAUAUGAAGUACGUAUGCGGAGAAGAACCGCUGACCGAAAACGUUCACAAUUAAAAAUGGCAACGUGCUGUACGUCGGACACAAACGAGCUACGGACAAAGUUUGUUUCACAAAGGAAUGUUGUUGCAGGAAUGCCAGGACCUUCCAUUUUUAUUGUUUCAUUACGGAUAUAACAAUUUUUAAGAUUUUUCCAGGCAGAAAAUAAAAUUCUGCUGAACAUUUCUGAAUUCCUCUCCGGAGUCAAAGUGACUCCCCAAUGGAAUUUUUUGGAGUCAUUGAUGAAUUCUUGGCGUAAAAUACGCCAAAUUUGGCGUAUUUGUAAUCCCUGUGUGUCAUUACAUAAAAACUGCAGCCUCAUUAGAAAUGUACCCUGGGUGUCAGGUAGAGGUAUUUGAUAUAGCAACUUUUGGUAAGGAAAUACACUGCCCUACACUGUAUUUUGAACUGUUUUCAACAUUAUUGUAUACAUCUGUAGAAUUGCAGAAAAAAAAUUUUGUUUUGAUUCAGCCAAUUUAAAGCAGUAUCCUUGAGCCAACAGCCUAGAUAAAUAUAAAAGAAUAUUAAAAAUCAGUAAACUGGUAAUCUUGAAAGUCAAUCACAGCUGGCUUGAAUAUGCUGCUCCAGCCUGGAAUCCUUUUUAUUUGGCUAAACAUGUGCUAGCAUUAGAAAGAGUUCAGCAAAGAGCCUCUCGGCUCCCAGGCAAAAAUGUGGUGAGAUGGAAUACGAAGAUCGUUUAAGGAAGCUGAUGUGGCCUACCGUUGAAACAUUUAGAUUGUUUCUUUCUUUAGUUGAAUGCUAUAAGAUCAUUUUUGGCAUGAACAAGCUAAACUUUGACGAUCUUUUGAAUUUUAAUACCAAGUGCAAUUCAACCCACGCUAUAACCAUCUGUCUAAGCUAUUAUGUUAAGCCAGCAAAGUGUAAUCCUAAUCAAUUUUCUUUUCGUAUCUGAAUCAUAUGGGACUGGAAUAGUCUACCAGGAUCUAUUGUUGAGGCUAGCUGCGCUGGGAACCUGAGCCGUUUUAAGGGUGCGCUGAAGCCGUUCCUAAAUAUUCAUUAGUUGUUAUUUUUUGUUCGUCUGUGUACAGUGUAUUGUUAUUAUUGAUCUUUAGUGAUCCAAUUUAUUUCUUAUAAAUAGUUUUUAAAAGGCUAUUUUAUAUUCUAUUUUGUACAUAGCACUAUAUCUGUUUUUAUAUUUUUAUUUAGGGAAACAUCAUAGGGUCAACCUCCAGUUUUCCUUUUCAAGAUGUUUUAUAAUUUUUAGUUUAUCAUCUUGAAUAAAUACGUACUUAUGUUAUGUUAUGUUAUGUUAAUUUUGUGCUCUUAUGUUAGUCAUAGAUGAUUAAUGUAAGAUUGUAGAACCAGCCCAGCCCAGAUUGUAGAACCAGCCCAGAUUAUCUCAAAAUUCGGAGAUUUUUUCCCAAAAGCUUGUUUAGUUUCUAGACCCUUGUCCUGUUGCUAAUCUGUGUUGGUGUAGCUAUAAUGUUGGAUUGCAGUGCCCAGAGAUUGCCCAGAUGUAGAAGAGGUUUUCAAAAAGGCACUGAUUAACUUUAACCUUUUUUUUUGUUAAUUUUAGAGACAACAACAGAUCCAAGAAAUGUUAUGGUUACAGAACUACAGCUCUGUGACGUCAGUGAUGAUGUAGGGACUUGCUGGCGUGAAGUUGGACCAAAGCUACACAUCUCGUCAUCAAAGAUUCAUAAUCUUGAUGAAGAGUACAAAAGUAAUCGAGACAAGGCAAAUGUUCUUUUGAACUUGUGGAAACAGCAAGAGGGGUGUAAUGCUACAGUGGGCCAACUUGCAGAUGUUUUGGAGAGUAUAGGAAGAAAGAGCAUUGCUGAAAAACUGCUUGGUGGGUAAAAAAAAGUAAUUAAUAAGGGACUUGUCAGAAAUGAGUAGGGGUUGGGGGGGGGGAGGGGGUGGAAUUUUAAACUUGGGUUCAGAAAUGAGGUGUCCCAUCCCUGCAAUGGGAGUGAAAUUUGCUAACUCUCUCUUUGACCUUGGCCUAGAAUAUCAUGACCCUCCUCCUCUUGUAUAAAUGAUAAAAUCUAGUUCUUGCAAUACACUUGGGUGAGUCAGUAUUAUGAAAGCUCAAAAUAUAUUUCUAAUCUGUUCUUUGCAAUGCCAUAUACAUACAUUUUAGAUGACAGCAUUAAGAGUCCGACUCUGAUUCUGACAGCUGAUCACUCAACUCUCCUAUUUCUCCUAGGUUUUUUUUUUCAAAAAAUAGAGAACGUCUUUUUUCUUCUGUGGGUGAACCUCUACAUGAUCACGGACACAUAUUUGCGUGACCCUCUCCCUUUUAACGACCCAUUUUUCAUGACCCCUCCCUUUUCUGCAGUCUCAAAAAGUUGACCCUCCCUCUGUUUCCAGUCCCCCCCCCCCAUCCCCCCUCCUAAUUUCUGACAAGUCCCUAAUGUUAUUUACUGGAAAAGGUGGAGAACACAUGAUUCAUAUUACAUGUUGUAUUAAAAAGCCCAAUCACAAGAAAAAUUGCCAAUUUUUCCAUUUCCUUUCUAACCCUAUAAUUCAUUCCUUUAGCCCCCAAUGUCAAAAUAAAAAUUCUCCUUUAUUGUUCCUUUCAUUUCUUUUAGCACAAUGAGGAGAAUAAUGAUUGGAAUAAGCAUUAAUUGAUAUAUAGUACAAGGGGAUCAAUCGACUUUCUGACCCCAAUAAUAUUAUUUUAUUAACUGAAUACUAUGUGUAUCAUGUCAACAGUAUCGAACAAUCCUCUAUUAUGAAUAAUGUCAUCAAUUCUCUUUGUCUUCUAGCCCUUAAUAAUUAUUAUUGUCCAUGAUCAUGUAAGGAGACAUUAAGGAAGUUAAUAACCAAAUGACGGUAGAUUGAAAACAUCUUGGCCUAAAUUUCAAUUUGAUGAACUUAAGUAGUUCAAAGUUAGGACGUCUGUGUCAUGUACAUCUGUACCAUGUGAGCAGUGAAUUCAGACUCUAGGCUGGACACUACAGUAUGUAGGGAAAGAAAGCACUGUGAGCAACAGUUUGCUUCUUUGUUAGAGCCAUGGUCCAGUGCCAUGGGCAAAUAAAACUUGAAUGUCAUUCCAGAAAAUAUCCAUACCCCCCCUUCCCCUAAUGGAUUUUCUUUCUGCAGGUUAGAACCCCCUACCCUUCAGAAUUUCUGUCCUAGAGAGGUCUUAUCUAACCUUCCCCCACCCCCCUGGAAUUUUCUAUUUUCCUUUUUUGCAGCAUUUAGAAAUUAUAAAUUAUUUACUGCUUAAAAAUCAAUGUUCACAUCUUUAGACACACCUUUUUAUCUUUGCUGAUACAUUAAUAUUUUUCUUUGGUUUAAAAUGCAAUAUCAAUGCAAUGUUGAAAUAUUGCCUUUUAAAACAAAAAAAAUGUAUUAAAAUGCCUAGAAUAAAAAGUUGUUCACCGUAAAAUCUUGCAUAUAAGCCUCACAUGUCUGCUUAAAUUUUCGGCUCAAAAUUGAGGAUGCGAAUUAUCUAUGAAUCAGUCUUCAGGCUGGUGCCGUGAGAAGCGAAGCGCAACUCAUACGCAUGAUAAUCGUCUUUGAGGGGAUAUAACUUAUCAGUUUGAAUGAUUUCAAAAAUCCAUUCAAAGUAUUGACAAACAGGUUAAACAGUUUGAAUAGUUGUUUCCAAACUUGUUACAACAUCCACUCAAGUGUUGCAAUCACUGCAACACUCUUUCCAGAUUUUAUAUGUUUGUUUACACUGUACAAUGUAGUACCGGUAUCUUGCGUUCAAAGAAUUUUGACAUAAAGUGCCACUAACCUCGUGGACUAUCAAAGAAUGGACUAGGUGCAGCUAAAUGUAUAAAGCUUUAAAACGUGGAAAGAAAAAGACUGACAGGAACAUUUGCAAAAAAAAAACUAGAAAAAUACUCCAAUGUUUUGCUUGUCAUUUGUGUUGUUGGUUUCGUUGGUUAAAGAAGGUGGAAAACCUCGGUUUCACACUCUUGAGUCUCACUUUAUGAGCUUCAAAAUGAAAAACAAGCCAAAAGACAGCCUGCCUUUUUAGUAUAAUAACUCAAAACGAGUAACCAAAAAAUAUUGCAGGUAGAUUACAAAAGCAGAACCCCCUGAGUGCCAUUUUUUUUAGAAAGUGAACUUGUUAUAUAUAAUUAAUAUGUGAAGGGUAUUUUGACUUGGACAGGCAGCUGAUAAUUUCAUCUUAAAGUACAUACUUAUGAGUACGAGUUCCGCACAGUUUUUACUCUAAUUCUCCCUUCGAUAGCAUAGCAUCUGGCCUGGAGAAACCAGUGCUUGCAUGGUAGGAGCCUUUCUACUUUACAUUUUCUACCACAUUAUUGUUGAACUUAUAAAUUUCAAUUGCAGUGUUUUCUUUAUUUAGGAGAAUGCAACGAUUUGCUACCAAGAUGUGAAACGGUUUCUGAUGGUGAAGUCAUCAGUUUAAUGGUGAAGUGCCACUUAGAAGCUGAAAUGGAUGGGAAGGUACUGUAAUACUAAAAAGACACAGCCAAUUAAUUUUUUGAUCUUUAAUUUUCUCUGUCUUGUAAAAGAGACUUGUUUGCUGCACGGUGUAUGACAUUUGCAGACUGCAGACUGCAGACCACAGACUGCAGAUUGUAAAUUAAAAGACACCAAAAAUCUUCCUAAUAAAGGUGACACCAUCAAAAAUAUAACAUUGUGUGAAAGUGAGAAAGUAGCCUGGGAACAAGGUUGAUGUUUUUGCACGAAGUUACAUUGGCCUUAUUUCCAAGAUGCUGUUGGCUAUUGAGUCUUCACCGACGCGACUCUUUAUUGACUCACCCGGCAUAUCACUAAUUGCAUUGAUUCUUUAUUCUUCUUUGAUUAUUGUGAAUUGAUAAUCACAAGUAGCAAUGCCCAUUAAUGCCUGUCGAAAUGGUAGUCUUCUGUAAAAACAAGUGUUUAGAUUGCGAGCACUUUGUGCUCACUACAGUUACGUCUACAAAAAACAACUAGGAUAGAUCACGGACAUUUAACACCUUUUAAAUAUUUCAUCUUAGCAGUAUUUAAGGAUAUACCAAAUAAUCUAAACCAAACAGAUCUUACCUGGACUCGACGAAUUACCAGAAGUGCAUUUUGAAUUUCUAAAUAGGCAAAUCGACAAUGGCUUUUUUAACAGGCCAAUCAUUGCUCAUGCUCAAAUCCUAGUACACAGUUGGGGCCCCCAUAGAAUAAGGAUUCCAGCGCUGUUUCACGGACAGACUUAUAUAACCAGAGUUUAGUUUCGUCUGUGGUGCAGGCUAAAUUGCUAGCCUGUUGCUAUGGAUUCAUGAGCGAGUUUGUGACAUCGGCCUAGACAUUAUUCUGCUCUAAUUCAAUACGAGACGAACAGCCAACGAACAACUCCUUCAGGAAUCAGGUCGGUGUAAUUUGUGUGAAAAAACUUCACUUCUAGGCCUUACAUGUACUUCUUGAAAAAGGUAAUGUUGAUGAUGACGCCACCUUGAUUACAAUAUUUUUGGUUUCAUUCAAUUUACAGUCUUGCUGCCUCAUGCAGUCUGCAAAUGUCAUACACCGUUGUUGUAGACACCAUCUGUGCUGCUCCUGUAGAGGGUAUUAUUAUUUUUGGUUAUUGAGCACUUUCAGGGUCCAAGCAGGGGAGGGACCAGGGGGGAGGGGCACAAAAUAUAAUAGAAUGAUAUUUUGUACAGUUAUAAUAAUUAUUCCCUCUUAGUUUUCUGAUUAUUGAUUGAAGAUCGUUAAUUCACUUCUGUCCACAAUAUAGGAUAAUGGAGAAGACUAUUGUUGGUGAAAAAAAUGAAGUAUAAGUUAUAUUAUCGACGCGACUGAAAUGCAAUGUAAAAUGCCAAAAUUCGAUCUGUGCUGUUUGUUCUGCAGUAUUUUUUGGACAUGUAAAUUAUUCAGGCAAUUUCUUGGCAAUUCAGCAAGAGUCCCUGACUCCUAGCAAGAGUGAUCAAGUUACCAAAAACAUAGAGCUGACAGCCCUUGUAGAAUCAGACACUAUGUAAAAUCUAUGCAAAUGCUAUGUCACAAAGCUAUGUAAAACUUAUGUUAAUCAGUCAUACAUUGCUUUAACCAGAUCCUAUGUUGUUUCUAUGCCAGGACUAUGUUUUUUGUAUCGAAAAUGCUAUGUUUUCGCUAGUCAAACGGAACCUACUUAAAAGCUAUGUAGUUUUUAAAGGUAGGAAUAAAGGAGGAAAUGACAUAGUUUCCACAUAGCCUAUACAUACAGUUUACUUAGCUUGUGGAAAGAGAUUUUAGACUUCAUAGUCAACCUCAUAGAAAAAUCAUAGAAAAUAAAUAGCCUUCACAUAGGACUGAAAUAGAGUUUACAUAGUAAAAUGGAACAGGGAACAGUUGAUUAAAUAGCUUUUGAAUAGGGUUUGCUUAGAAUUUAGAUAGCCUAAAAACAGUAAAAACAUAUGAAAAACAUAGCCUUUUUAAAGGUGACAUAUACUUUGCAUAGCAUUAAAAUAGGGAAAACACAGAACAAAUAGUCUUUGCAUAGGUUUGAAAUAGGAUUUUAAUAGUAUUUGAAUAGGUAAAACAUAUCACAUACACAGGCUUUAACUAGAGUUCAAACAGAAAUUACAUAGAAUUGACAUAGUCUCUUAUGUAUGUAGGUUUCGAUCUGCUUAAGCAAAUGUAGUGUUUAAAAUACGUUCGUAAAAAUCACCAAAAUAGUGAAAAUAGUAUAAACAUAUGAAUUAGAAUACCUUUUACAAAUUGGUAAGAAAUAGGUUUUGAACCGAAAAAUUGAAAAACUAUGACAAUAUAAUACCACGAACACUAAUAGUAACACAAAUGCAGUAUUUUCAUGGAGGUUUCAGAAUCGAAACCCCAAGUUAAAGUUUGCUUAAUUUGCUUAUCGUGUAGACUUUUUGCUGAUGUCGUGCUCUUCAGUGCCAUACAGUUUCCUUUUGACUGCAACGAAUAAGUAUCUGCAAACAGAAAAGUGGAGAUUUUAAGGCAAAUGAACAUAAAAACAACCUGACGUUUUAGAAUUGAAACGAAGGAGUAUCAAAGCGUGAUCGAAGGUGACCGAUCCUUGUUCAGAUACGCGAAAAGGGGAGACAACACAGGCAAAUCGAAACGUAAUUGAGAAAAACAUCACUUACCAACGUUAGGAAUACUUUUUGUUGAACCUGGCAGGAAAAAGACUGGAAAUUGAAGUAAAAAGAAGCGUCUUGUAAAAACGCACGCUUACAGCUCGUCUUCUUUGACUUGAAAGCGCCCGCGUAGAAGCAGACAAUUUUCACACCUUUUCAUUGGUUUAAAAGGCCCACGUGACGAUAAAACGCAAAAUACGCAUUUGUUGAACUCACGGGCUUCCCUGGGAACUAGUGGAAACAAAAUGGCUGACAAACACCCACCGAGGACUUUUCCAAGGACUGCAGGUAGCGUUUCGCAGUUUUGACCAUGCAGUUAUAUUCAGGAGACGUCCACAAUCAAGACGAAAGAUCGAACCCAAUGUAUAAGAAGAAAAUGAUGCAUGGAGGUAUCAUUUCUUAACAAAAAUCUUCUCACUAAGAAACUAUCUGCAAGCACAAAAAAAAUUAUAGUAUAUGAUUUUUCAGUGUUUUAGUUUAAAACACUGCUUUUUACUUUGGAAGUAUGCUUAGCCUUCUGUAAGCUCUACCAUCAACAUGCCUAGUCACUUAAAAGCUAUGUUCGAAUAUCACAUAGGAAACGCAUAGACUACAUAUAUUUUUCAUAUGAGUGACAUAGGAAAAAAUAUGUUUAUGUAAAAGCUAUGUAGCCUUUAUCUCAUGAUAAAGCUAAAUGAAAAUGUCACAUAGUGAAUACAUAGGCUGCAAAUAUGUUUCAUCACAUAGCAUAGAAUAUACAUAGCACUAUGUAAAAGCUAAGAAACUUGUUGGAAAUAAAAGUGAAGAUCGAGAUGCUAUGUAAAGGCUAUUUUACUUUGAUGCAUAGUGAAUACAUAGGAUGUUAAUCGGAAGGAAAAGCAGAACUUUCUAUUGCAUAGUAAAUACAUAGCUAUGUCAAGACUAUGAAAAGAUUUUGAAUAGUAUUUGCAUAGGUAUUCAAAAGCUAUGUGCUUUUCAAAUAGCCUAAACAUAGUUUCAACAUAGAUUUUGCAUACUUUGGACUAUGUUGUUCGGUGUGUUACAUAGUUACCGUAUUAUUCGAUUAACCGCCCUGGGCGCUUAUUAAAUUUUUGGACCUUGAGAGUGGGCGCUUAUUCGAGGUGGGCGCUUAUUCGAGGCUGGGCGCUUAUUAAAUUUUCACCAUUUUCAGCAAGUGAAGUAUGUUUAUUUUGCAACAAAACAAUAAAUGCUAAUAACAAAACGCGAAGAAGUAACAAAGCAAGGCUUCUGUAAAAUACUCUGAAGAAAACUCCGUCCUCGGGGAAGUCUCUCAUUAAAAUUUAUUCACUCAAGUGGGUGGGGUGGGGGUGAGCGCUUAUUUGAGUUUGAUUGGGAGGAGGAGGGGGUGGGCGCUUAUUAACUUUUUCUGCCUUUAGGAUGGCGCUUAUUCGAGGUGGGCGCUAAUUCGAGGUUGGGCGCUUAUUCGAAUAAAUACGGUAAUACAUAGGCAGUAAUGAACAUAACAUAGCUGAAACAUAGUCCAACAUAGUAAACAAAUAGCAUGAGCAUAGGUUUUGCAUAUGUUUGGUUCUACAAGGGAGAUAAUCAAUGUUUUCAUCAUAAUCAGAAUAAACUGCUGCUAAGAGAUAAUGGACAGCGCCAUAAAAAUCAGCAGGUACAAAAUGCAGCUCACAGGUGGAGGUUAGAGUACAGGUCACUGUGCUAUGGUAAAAUACACACUCAAAGUGUCUCCUAGUCCUAGUCACAAUCUGAAAUAGAAUUGUAGCCUAUCCAUGCUAUUUAUCAAUAGAGCAGCGGGGGCAUAACUACCUUUGAUAACAUAGCUAGAAUAUUCGCCUAAUGAAAUUCAAUAGUGCAAGCAUGCUUCAUAUUCCCAUUGAACAUGCUGAUGACAUCAAUGAACUAACCUCAAGUUCUUGUGAGCUUAGUAAUCCUCCCAAGACGUCUUCCAAGUGAAUCCGUAACUCAACAGUACAUGAUGAAGCGUUAACCAUGUGUUUUAUAACGUAAAUUUAAGAGAAAACUUUUGAAUUUGUUAACCGAUAGUAGGGGAAAGAGGUGGGUGUUGUUGUUGUUGUCAUCUAGGCGAGCUGUGCGGGCUAUGGUGUGUGCAAAUCAUUCUUUGCAAAGUUACUUCUUACAAAAAGAAUUUUCGGUGAAUUAAUAGUUUUCCGGCACCUCAUUAUGGGUUUUAUAGUCUUUUUGAAUGUUAUCUUAACCCAUUCGCCCCUGAACCGCCCGUAACCGCCCGUGCGGAUCCAGGUCCUUUCUACCCUUUGUGACGUCAUCAGUUUUAACGGUCAAGGACAACUUUCUUCGCACACGUGUGCAGAGUGAAGAGAUCUUUCGAACCAUACCAGAAUGAGCACAAUUCAGUCAAGGACACCGGAGAAAGAAGCAAAAAACCACGUGACAAGGACCUGAAAAUCUCCAUGAAAAUCUUGUUCCAUUAGCCACCUACCUUUCCUUUCACCUAAUCCUAAGAUCCUAAAAGCUUUCCUAAAAACUCUUCCCACCAAAAUGAAGCCUACUAAAUGCCCAGCAAGAGAAAAAAAAUAAUGAGGCAAGAAAAGCGAAAAAAGAAGGGAGGAGAGAAAGCGAAAAGUAAAAGUCAAGACUGCUGUGUCACUUUUAAACCCAAAAACUAUGUCGAAAUUUUGCUUUCUGCGCAUGCCCGAACUUCGCAAGCUGAUAUUUUGCAUCUGGAUCAGAAGGCCGCCAAGUGUACGACCUGUAAACCGGUUUCUGGUAAGUUUUAGCUCUUUAUAGCACGACAGUGACCAGAAAACCACUCGACUAGCUUCAAAACGCGUUUUUCGGCAAAAUCUCCAGGAGCGAAUGGGUUAAGCAACUUGAGUAAACUUUCUCUCAGUUCUAUAGACAUUAAAACAUAACUAUGAGGUAAAAAGAUACAUGUAUAGUCACAUAGACAUUGACGCAUACUGCUUUGAGCGGACGCUACAAUAAAAAGUUUAAGUUACUGCUGCAUUGAUCGCUUUGUUAAUGUUAUAAAACAAUUAGUUCAUGCUUCAGUUGUGCGUAUGUUGAGAUAUUGAGCACUUGGGAAGUUUGGAGAGCACUCAAGCACUUUUACGCCUUUUUUGUGCUCCAAAUUAAACUUCCCAUGUGCUCAAUAUCUUGACAUACGCACACUGACGCAUGAACUAAUUGUUGAUAUAAGCCUGUGCUUAACAGGAAUUCAGCCAAAAAAGUGCUCUUCUUUUUUAUAAAAGAUUUACAUGUACUUCUUGAUCGAGCUAAAAACGGACAAUUCUAGAACCAAGAGUCUGCUUUUGGCAACAUGCACCUUUCGCUAUUGGCAGAGAUCGAGCACCAUACUUUACCCAGUCUGAAUCUCUACUUACAGUAAAUUGCUUGAACUAAUGUUCCAUGGUCUUGCUGUUUUGCUAUAAGCAACCCCCAGGCCCCCUUUCUUAGAAGUUUAUACCAGGCCUCUGCUAUUAUUUUUAUUUAUUUUAUUUUAUUAGCUUUGCCCUGAAUAAUACAGAGGAAAAAAAAACACUGUAGAUAUACAAACACUAGUAUAAAUAAGAACAUAACAAUACACUAAUAAUAACUUAAAUAUUUGGGCAGGGACACCGCAACAGCUAACAAUUACUGCAGACCCAAAAAAUAAAAGGAUAUAAAUGUAGCAAUUUAAAUCACAUGCAGCAGCUAAUUUCUUGGUCUAAAAACCUGGCUGUGUUACAUUUCAAGCAAAUACUUUUGAAGCUCCUUGGAGAGUCCGGGUCAUAGUUUAUCGCUAGAGCCCGUGAGUAAUAACCGUAAAGAACAGAUUGAAAGUUCUCAAAAGUAACAUUAUAUAGGUCGAGUCUAGUAAUAAGCAGGUUCCAGAUUCUAGUGGUUCUAAUGAAAAAAGAUUUCUGAAAGGUAGAAGUCCUGCAUUUUUUGGGCACAAAAGAUUGAGAGCUCAUUACAGAUAUACGGGUCCUUUGCGCACAUUCACACACAAAGGGAACAACAGAUGGAUCUAAGUGAAUCAUAUUAUGCAUAGCCUUGUAAAAGUAAUAAUAAUACUAGAUCUAGUGACUCGUGCCAGUAGCAAACAGGAAGUAGGUUCACAGACAUUAGUCUUUCUUUGUAAGAGAUAUUGUUAAAAAAGGCAAGCAAAGAAUCAAUUUGGUGGUAUGUCUUUGGAUACCCUCAAGUUUAGAAAUUAGUUCAAUGCCUUGGGGUGCCCAGACCUGGGUUGCAUAGCCAAGAUGAGCACGAAAUAGCCUGAGAAUUAAUGUUCGCCUUACAGAAGUACUGUGAAUAAAGCUAGAGUUCCUCCAAACGAAACCUAACAACAUGUUUGCGCGUAGCCUGUUCCAAGCAUGCAGAUAGUGGAGAGCGGUGCGGAGUAAAGAAAGCGAUGAACCUCUCCUCCUCCCUCGCUUUUAUUUUUUCGCGCUUUUUGUUAGUUUGCACUGCUCCCCACUAUCUGAACGCCUGGAACAGGUUAGUUUGCGCGUGCAGCUUGGUGUGAGAGUUGGGCGUGUCACAGUCCAAGGAGACGCCAAGGUCACGCUCUACCUCACAGGACUUGAUGGUACUGCUGUUAACCUCGUAGCUCGUACAAAUGGGCUUGCGCUUCCUCCUAAUGGUCUGAAGCUUGCAUUUCUCAUCAUUGAAGGCUAGGCCAGAGGCAGCGGACCAUGAAGACAGAUUAUCCAGAUCUUGUUGGAGAGCGGCACCAUCAUCCUCAGACAUCACUACCUCGUAUACUUUAGUGUCAUCUGCAAACAUUGCCACUUUGCUAUUGAGGAUAGAAUCUGGAAGGUUGUUCACAUAUAUCAAGAAGAGAGCAGGUCCGAGUAUUGAUUCCUGUGGGACUCCAGAGGUGACAGGUGGGUCACGUGACAGGUGGGUCACGUGACGUGAGCAGGUUCCCUCCAAAGCCAGCAUCCCGCAGUUUUUCGAUAAGGAGGUCAUGUCUAACCUUAUCAAAGGCUUUGGACAUGUCUAAAUACACACAAUCUACUUGACCAGCUCUAUCAAGAAUAUCACCGAUGUAAUCUAGGGUCUUCAGUAGAUUUGUGACACAUGAACGUCCACUCUGAAACCAGAUCUUCUAAUCGGUCAUUGAUGCGGUUCAAGACACAAUGUUCGAGGUCUUUAGAAGUAAUGCAAAGUAGGGAGAUAGGCCUAUAGUUUUCAACAUGAUCUUUUUCAUCCUUCUUAUAGACAGGCACUACAUUGGCUAAUUUCCACUCAGACGGUAUGUAACCUUCAAAAGGCUAUGUAUUUUUCUGUGUAUUUUUUCUGUAUAUUUUUAGAGUUUAAUGAGAUGCUUGUGAAGCCAAAGCUUGCAAAGCCAAAGAUUAUUAUUUACCAUAAGGAGGGUAAGAAUGUACAUGCGAUCCUUGUUGCUGCCAGAUACACUAACAUCCUUAGCCCUCUUGCAUGCAUAUAAAGAGAUAAAGAGAUGCCUAUUGACUCAUACUGAUGGGAAAGAUCCAUCACAGAUUUUCUUAAAUAAAAUGCUGGUUAAAAAGACUUGAAUUGACAGAUAGCAGGGAUGUUCCAUGGAUAGUAAAUAACUAGAAAUACAUUAUAGCAAAAAUCUCGCAAAGCUAAAAAGGGUCAGCAGUGAGAAUAAAGGGAAACAAGCCAGAGGGUAAAAAUACGAUGAAAUAAAAAAUUAAAUUUAAAAAAAAAGAAAAAAAAAACCCUCAAGUUUCCUUGCUGGGAUUUGAACCUUUCUCCAGCGCAAAAGGCGAGGCUUCACACUACUGGUCUGCUGCUGAGUGAGAGCCAGCAUGGUUUUAGAGAUCAAAAAAGCUCAUUCAUGUGUCACUCAACUUCUUUAGCUGCUACACUCAUGCAGGUACAGUUCUCUUGAGAAAGGUGACUCAGUCCACAUGGUCUUUCUGGAUUUUCAAAGGCCUUCGACAUGGUUUCUCAUCAUCACUUACUUUACAAGUUGCAGUGUUAUGGCAUUCAGGGUCAUUUAUUUUCCCGGUUUCAUGAUUAUCUCUUAGACCGUACAUAAAGAGUCGUUUUUGAAGGCCAUUCAUCAGAAUGGAUGGAGGUGUCCUCUGGUGUUCCUCAAGGGAGUAUAUUAGGGCCACUUCUUUUCCUGCUGUAAAUAAAUGACUCCCCCCUAAGUGUAAGCUGUUGCACAGAGCUUUUAGCUGAUGACAGUGUACUCUAUCAUAAGAUCACAUCUGAAGAUGAUUGUGUUGAGUUUCAGGAUGACCUCUUGUCUGCCACCUCCUGGUGCGACUUGUGGAAGGUCACGCUAAAGUCUGAAAAGUGUAAGGCCCUACAUGUUACAAAGUCUAAACGUCCUUUAGUUCAUCAGUAUGUGAUAAAUGAGAAUAAUCUGUCAGCUGUUGAUAAACAUAAGCACUGGGACUAUCAUAUCAAUUUCAUUGUUGGUAAGGCAAAUCGAGUGUUGGGCCUAAUAAGGAGGAUCCUGUGACAAUCAAAGCAGCUUUUAAUGCUUUAGUUCACCCUAUUCUGGAAUAUGCCUGUCCAGUGUGGAAUCCAUAUUUGGUUAAACACAUACACAGUAUUGAAUCCAUCCAGCGUGGUGCUACUUGAUUGAUAUGUGGAUCUGAUAAACAUUACUCUGAAAUGCUCACUGAACUUAACUGGUCAACAUUGGAGCUUAGAAGGAAAUACCUUGGCUUGCAUGGUUCAAGUUUACAAGAUAAUUCAUGGCUAUUCUGAUAUUGACUAUACCACUUAAGGGGAUCUGACUGGCCUGACAAGGACUAGGAGUAACCGUGACUUUAAAAUCAGGCCUAGAGCAGCAAGGACAAACUAUUUUAAAUUUUCAUUUUUUAAUUGUUACAUUAAUGACUGGAACUCUUUACCAGACUUCAUCACGUCUGCUUCCAGCUUGAACUCUUUUAAAAUUUUAUUAAUUAUCUUUGUAAAUAGCCAUAUUUUAUUGUUUCUUACUGAUUUUGGAUUUUCUUUUUUAUUAUUAUUUAGUAUCUAAGUAGUUUAAUUAGUCUUUUUUAUACAAUGUAUAGUUACAUAUUAGAUAUUCUAUUCUUUAUUGUUUUAUCUUUUAUUUUUGGAGAGCAGUUUUUAUAUUGGAAUUCAGUUUCCCCCCAUUGCUUUCCUUUACCAACUGUACUUUGAUAUGUAGGUGUGUAAUAUUUUUUUUUGUUGUGCAUUGGUAAAAAGUAUCAUUAAACUUAAACUACUGGUAUAUGCGGCCAGUGCGCAGUUUAUUGCAUAAAACUAGCAGUAAUUCUCUAAUGAAGCUCCGUUUUCUGAUUCAACAGCGAAGGUAACUGUGUCUAAUACAGCAACAUUUGUUUGGCUCAAUGGCCACCUAGUACACUGACUCAGUUUACUUGCUUUGUGACCGCAAUGGGUCAGAGUGCGAGUGCAAUGACUCCGUUUAACUGGUACAUGCGUGACCACAAGGGGCCAUUGUGCUCAAUGGCCAGCGAGUACAACAACUCGUUUCAUUUGGUCAACUGAUUUCAUUUGCAUGACUUAGUAUGAGAAAUCGUUACUUUUGAUUGAGUAAAAUGACUCGUUUCACUUCUUUUGUGCCAGGUAUGACUCACUUCAUUUGAUUGAUUAGUUUCAUUUUUAAGAUUUGUGCCAGCAGCAAUAUGAUAGAAUAAUAUGCCAUUUACACAUCAGGCAUCACAAAAACUCCAGGAAUAGUGAAUCAGCCUCUGAUGUACAAAAGAUUUAGGAAAGAAAAGAUUGAUCUUGCCUUGAAGUUUGUAGAAUUCACGAAAAAGCAAGGUAGAUUCCAAAUUAAACCACCAAUCAAAUCAAUUUCCCAUGCGGCGCGACCAAUCCAAAGCACUUCCCAGAUCUGGGCAGUGACUCAUCAUGUCAUUAGUAUGGAAUUUCUAGGCUUGUUUCUCGGACAUCAUUUAGCGGGGAAUCGAAACCAGUGGUAGCAUCGCCAAAUGUCGGCUGUUUUCUCAGGCUAGUAAAUUUUAUGCCGUAAAUAAAAUACAGUUUAUCUAUGAAUAGCUGUGGGUAAAUGUAAAGGAUGAGCGAGGUUGAACUUAAUUUUAUGUUUACUCGUGACCCUCCGUACAUCACCUUUAUUCUAUUUAUGAGCUUAAAAUUUACGUGUGUAUGCACAUGAAAAUUUCACAAGAGUGGAAAUCAACCUUAAAGGAGUCGUUGACCAUAUUUAAAUUUGUUCUGAUGCUCCAAAAAAUGUACACUUUUGGAGGUUGUUUUGGACUUUGGCGAAAACAUUGAUACAUUUAUCAGUUAAACUCAUCACCAAUAGUGACGAGCUUGGGAACUGGUUCCUUAAAGGUUGGACGGGAGCCUGAGGACCCCAUUCAUAGCAAGGAGGUAUCCAGUGGCGGAUCCAGGCAAAGGGCUGAAAAAAAUUUUUUUGCAGACCCCCCCCCCCCCCCUCAUUUUCUCAAGGUCUGCCACUGGUAUCCAUAGCAACCCUGCAAAUGGGAACCACUUCUGCAUGCAGCCACCAACUGGCACUGUCACACUGAAGAAAUUCAGUGUAAAAUGCUCACCUGAACCCAUACUUACCAACGCACAAACCCAAAAAGGGGGGGGGGAGGGCUGCAGGAGCCAGAAUCCGCAAAGAUUUACGUUAACACCAGAUCUGCAGAGAUCAGCUCAAAAUGCCAGCAUGAAAUGCAAUGUAAGUCACAGGAUUAUGAAAGGCCCCUGUCCUCACAGAUCACUUACAGAUCACGUAUGCUUGAGGGGGAGACCACACUGCAUUGGCUUGCAAUUUAACUUUGCCUAAAUUAUGUAAUGAGCCACCUAAAAAAAUAGGUUUUUGAAUCCCACUUUUAAGCAAUCACUUAAGACAAACCUACAGGUGUAUUGUAUAGAAGCCUAUUUUAUGGGUGCACCUACCGGUAUUAUUUUUGUUCUGUAGAUAUAAGGAUUGUCUUUUUUGUACCAUUACCAUUAUGCAAAAUUUUUCACUAGUACUCUGCUUUUUAGGCUAAUAUUCAUUUUCCAUCUGUGCCAUAUAAACCUGUCAAAACUUUGUGAUCAUUAUUAUUUUUUAAUCCUUAAUGUGUUGUUGCAGAAACCUUCUGUACUCAUCCCACAAAGGCUUUUACAGUUUUGGGCUCCCUCAUCCUUCUGGAAAUUCCAGUUUGGUUAGCUCCAGGCAAAAUUUCCAAAAUUUGACCAUCAAAUUUUUCCCCCGUUGAAAUUCCUGUCCUGUGAAAUUUUCCAGAACUAGAACCACACAGCAGUAGGUUUCAUUGUGCCUGUUACUAGGCUAACAUGUUUUAUUUAAUGUAUUACAUUUUCUUUGGGCUGUUAUCAUACUCAUAUACCUGGUCAGUAAAUUAGUGCCCACAUUGUGGUUGGCCCUCCCUAAAAUGUUCAACAAUAAUAAUAGUACAGGAUUAUUAAAAUGGAGCCGAAAUUAAUUGUGGAAUUGGCAUUGGACACACUUCAGGCAUCCUACUAAUAAACAGUUGCAAAAACAAUUUUCCUUCUGUCCCCUAAUUGAUUACAUGUAUCUACUGAUUAUUUAUUUUUAUUUGUAAAUUAGUGAUAACUUGGCCAAUAGGCUGCAUGUAUACCAACCAAACGACUGUAGAUUUCUAUGUUGAAAGUGCUGAGAAACUAACAGUGCUAGAGUAGUUAUGCAUCACUUUUUACCUAUCAGAUCAAGUUUCAAAGUACUAUAACAUUGACUGUUUUUGUAGAUAAGAUCAUCAUUAUAAUAACGAUAAUAAUAAUAAUAAUAAUAAUAAUAAUAAUAAUAAUGAUCUUAUUCACAAAAACAGUGAAUUGUUGUUAUACACUCUAUUACUUUCUUUACAGCUCAUGUUGUGUGAGGAUACUCAUGGAAAUAAAUUUAUUAUCAAAGCUAUUAACAACUCUGAAAGACAUUGGAAUUCUGAAGAGGUAAGUAGGGAUUUUUGUUGAAAUAUGCGAGUUACCUUGUUAGAAUAAUUUCUUAGAGGGCAGCAUAAUUAGUUGUCAUAGCAGUCAAAGCACUACUCUGUGUAGCAGGCAGUUUUUUUAUGUGUUUUUCGUUUGAGAAAGUAAGAGACAUGACCUCACAAAAGCUAGCUGAGGUCAAGCAAGAAAAUGAUCGGGGAGGGGCAAGAGGAAAAAGACACUUCUCGCCUCUUCCCCCUUUGUUUUUUUAUUUGACCUGAGACUUUGUAAAACACAAAAGAAAAACACACCAAAAAAAAAUCUCUCAUAAGCGACUGCUCAAAAUUUCUUAACUGGCUUUGACCACUUUUUAAACCAGCAAAUUCGACAUACUCUUUUGUUUUUUGUUUCCCGUAAGCAACCACCUGAAUGUUCACUGAAGAUUAUUAGAAAACCAUUUCUCCAAUGUCACAAAAGUUCAGUUUUUUAUAGCACUGAACAAGUAUGCCUACAGAUUAUGGCAGUUGACUCACAACAAAGAAGGCUGUAAUACGAUCUUUAGGCUAAAAGGGGAUAUAUUGUUACAUUGAUGCAAAAUGUUAUGUUCAAAGUUUCAACAAGCAUGCAGUUCCAAUCUCUAUUCAAUGUGAAACAUUAUUGCCAGUUGUUGUUGAGUUUGAGCUUAUUGUCCUAAUAGACGACUACCUCCUGUAAACGAUCACUUUGUUGAGCACCAAGGAUGGUCGCUUACGAAAGUGUUGACUAUAUAGUACUUGUUUUGAGUAAGUUUUUUCUUUGCUUAUCUCCACUAACCUUUUUGGUGUUAACAAUGGUCCAGGGUCCGAAAGCAUCGAUGUUCAAACAGUGAUGGAUAGUAUUUUUCUUCUAGAUACAAAAGAAUAAGGACUUCUUAGAGACAGUAUCUGAAGCAGCCAAGGGAAUGGGCAAAUCAGUGGAGCAAAGACGUCAAGAAAGCUUGAAGCGCAUUUCUUCAGAGGUUCAAGAACUAAGACAGCAGCUGAAGCGAGUAAAGCUGGAUUGCAGUGAUGCAGAAAGUUGUGCUGGGACUUGUGACCCUAUUAAGGUUACAGUACCAUCAAAAAAGGAUCUAAAUGAUGGGAAAAUGUCUGCACAAGAUGUAAUACACUUGUUAAAUUCAUGUGAGGAACAACACACGUUCUUUCAAGAUUUCUACAACGCUCUUAUCCAGAUGAUUGGAGAGGUUCCCUGUCUAGGAGAAGACAACUUCCUGUGUAUUAAGCAGCUUUAUGAAUUUACAAGAGAAUUGAAAGGACAAGAGAACAAAAUACUUGUACCCAAAAUUGACAUGCUUCAUCAUUUAAAGGAACAUUUAGAUAAGCCACAAGUUGCUCAAGUGGAAGAGUUAGAAAAGUGGAGUAGAGCACAAAAAGAGCAAGUUCAAGGAGUUGAAAAGCUGCUGUCAAGCUUGCUUCAUCAAGGAAAAAAUCAAGUUAGUUUCAUUGAUGACCUUGGACUGGAAUUACAUGUACAAAACCAUUCUUGUAUAAGCCAGACAUAAGUACUCGGAUGAAAUUCAGACUAACUGUCCAAUAAAUAAAUUUGAUUUGCCGUUUUUGUUUUCGCCGUGGCCUUUAUACAUUGGUUUUCUACAUGCAAGUUCAAUUCCUAUUUGGCUAAUAUUAUCGUCAAGAACUAUGUAGAAAUUGUAUGAGAUGUGAAAUCGCUGGAUAAUCAUUAGAUAAUCGAUGAGUAAUCGAACGCAUCAAUUACUCAUCGAUUACACAUUGAUGUCAUUCAUCAUCGAUUAGUUACGUCUGGUUUAAGUAAAAUAUCUCAAGUGUAUUGCCUUAAGAUACUCAGGGAUCUAUCUUUUAUUUAGUAUUUUUUUCCAAGUCUUCAACCGAGCAAGUAGAGUAUGUCAAAAGCAUACUUGCCCUAGCUAAAAUUAUUUAUUUUUGCCGUAGUCCCCUCAAACUACUAUUAUAUUGUAUUGCAUUAUAGAUGUAAAUGGAAAUUAAGUGAUUAUUCAUUAGUCCACAAGCACGUUUUUAACACCGGAAUUCAUAGUGAUAAAUUACACGAAAACUUCCUGAUCACCUAUCUAUCUCUAGGGUCUAAUUUCUUCAAACAUCACUCUGUCUGUCCAUGUCUAUUGCAUCUUCAAUGCUAAUGUCAUAUUUGGCCUCCACUUCGGCUGAGUUUGGAAGCUUCUUGACAAACUUAGCAGAGCAUGAUAACAUUUGCUUCAGUAUAUUUCAGUCAUUGCCGCUUUUUCUACUAAGACGAUAAAAAUGUGUGCUUUCAAUGUUCUUGCUCUUAGUCCUAAUUAUUUGAUGAAACGUCCUUUUUCUUUCUUUUUCCGCUGUUUGCAACACGUUGUCAUAAUAGGGGCACAUUUUAUAACUUGUACAUUAGAAACUCCCAAAAAAGAAAAGCAUCCGAAAAACACACGUUUGUCACGUCUGUCACAUCUGCCAAGUUUCCACAGUGCACAGAGGUUGAGCGUACUGAUUUUAAGGCAGAUAUGGGUUGUGUGGGGACAUAUAUUGUGUUGCAUAAAAUGGCACAAUCCAGCGAUAAAGCUUUGUAUACUACAGUCUAGUUUGCAGCUUGUAGUUAAUGGAAAGUUAAGCCACGGGUGAGACUUGAAUGUCAAACAACAGGUACAGUCUCAAAAGUUAGUUGUCUGUUGGGCACGUUUUUGUGUCGUUAUACUCGUCCGACCAGAUGAUUGACUGCUACAGUGGAGCCUCGAUUCAACGCAGUGCCAGGGGGCUGGGAACACCUCCAUUUAAUGAAUUUUCGGGCAAACUACCAAAAUGUUCGUUAUUUCGAGGUAUAGUUAAUAAUUGAUUUACAAAACCCAGCAUUUCCGGGUCUGAAAAUUACUUUUAUAACGUUUCAGGACGGAGCUAUACAUAGGUAUACGACACUAGAAACUCAGAACAGGCAAACAAAACUGCUUUAAACUACUGUGCAGAUAAAUUUUAUCCUUGUUGAUCUGUUUGGCAUUUAUUUUUUAUCACAUGCUGACGUUUAUUCGUUAUAUCGCAGUAAAUUUAACGUUUGCGCUUGUGGAUUGUGUUCGUUAUAACGAGGAUUUCGUGAAAUCGAGGUUCUGUUCCAUACAUUUUACUGUAAUUUCGGCCGGGCUGAAGAAAAUCGUUUGUUAUACCGAGGACUUCGUUAUUUAGGAGUUCGUUAAAUCGAGGUUCAGCGGUAAUAUGGAUCCCUGGUUAUGUUACCUUAAAUGCUUCAGUUUGAGGUUUAUGGAAAGGCGAUACACACAACCCUUACAUAUUAGAUUAGCAUGGCUGUAAAUACAGCCACUAACAGAUAACCCAUUGAUAAGGCUGGAUCUUGUUAUCCAUUUUCCAUGGCAACACUGACAUAACUUGCAGAUGUUCCACUGAUGAGGUUGACUCUUCAUACAGCGUCCAUAGCAAAAAACAACCACAGGUGGCCCACUGAUAUUAAGGCUAGAUCUUCAUUCAGUUUCCAUAGCGUCUCACAAACCGCAGUUAGCUUACAUAUAAGUCUGUAUCUUCAUUCAGUUUCUGUAGCAACUAAAAACCUACAGUUAGCUCACUAUGAGGGUGGGCCUUUAUUCAGUUUCCAUAGCAACAAACAACUGAAAGGUAGCCCACUGAUAAGGCUGGAUUUUUACUAGGUUUUCAUAGCAAUCAUAGGUAUUCCACUGAUAAGGCUGGAAAAUCAUCCAGUUUUCACAGAAUGCGCACUGAUAAGGCUGGAUGUUCCUUCAUUGUCCAAGGCUCUCAUGAUGCAAAACUCUACCCUCUGCAUGUUAACUUUCUCGUGCAAGGCAAUUUUCUUGUGUACUUGUGUAUUCCCUCUCUCUUCUUUCUCUGACAAAAAUGAGACUCAUACAAGACCAUAUAUCUCUUGUAUAAAGAAGGUUUUAUUUUAAUUCAGGCUCACUCGAUUUUGCUUUAGAAAAUGUUAAAGCGACGAUCAGAACCUCUCAUUGGUGCUAAACAACCGUCUGGAUUUUCAAGAAGGGUAAGUUUGGACGCGUAAGAUUUCGAAGUAAGUCCUUUUUUCUCAUGACUUUUUUGUUCUGACCACUAAAUCUUCCUAUUUUCUAAUUUAUCCUUGAUUUCUGUUGUUGGGUAUUUUAUUUUAAUAGGUACUUUAAGAUCCAACGACACGACGGGAACAAGAACGUCGCUUAAAAGUGAAUUUGCGUUCUUUCAGUUUUUAUCGCAAUUAUUUCUACCAACUUACUUUGCCAAAUCUAGGCGAACCCAACCUGUAAGUGAAUUCCUAGGGACCUUAUCCAAGUUCAAAAAGGGAAAUAAAAUUUCGGCGUUGCUUGUUUAUGUCCUCUAUAAAACGCGAAAUUAGACAUUUUCUCGUCGCAGUCGUGCGAAAACAGGCAAAGACAUGUACAACAUGUUUCACAUGAUGCAAGUGCAAGGUUGUUGUUUUGCUUAUAAAACCUAUUGUUUUUUUGACGUUCUCGUUGCCGUCCGCGUCAAAAAAAAUUCAGCCUUUUGAGUUCUGAAGAAGAUAUCAAAUGAAUUAAAUCAGGAAGGACUUACCAUUAAAAUUUUUUGAUGAUUUUUGCAGGCCUAGCAUUAAAACUAGAAAAACCAUUGGCCCAAUUUUGUCAAGUUUUCAAUCUCUGUCGUAGCGUGAGAAAACUGCCGACAUUUCGCGAUGCCACCACUGGUUUCUCCGCCAAAUGACGUCUGAGGAACGAGUGCAGAAAUUCCAUACUGAUGACGUGUAACUACCCAUAUCUGGAUAGUACUUCUGAUUGGUUGAAAGAAAUUUCCUACGCGGACCGACCAAUCAGAAGCACCACUCAGAUCUCGGUAGUGACACGUCAUCAGUACGAAUCCUCAGACAUCAUUUCGCAGGGAAACCAGUGCGACUUUUUUGUCAGGCUAUCUAUGUCUAUCCUUGUCAUCCAUUGCAACAGACGACAGGAAACAAUUUCAGUACCUGAAUGUAGUCUUAAAAUCAAAACUGGACGUAUUAGCAAAUUUAAAAAAAGGAUGGAAAUAACUUGGCAUAGCCCGUUUUAAGUUGCAUACAUAACUACGAUCAUAUUUCACGUGUUAAAACAGUCUGCGUUUAUUUAAUCCUUUUUGCAGAGAGCUAAAACUGAUGCAUCCAAGAGUUCACACAAGUGGCAAAGCCUCAUUGAGCUUCCAGGUUCUGAUAAGAAGCCUAACAUAUCAGGCCCAGUGUGUGUUCACAAGAUGCAUUGUUUGGACACAGACAAGAAACUCAAGAGCGUAAAGGUGCGUAAGCGACUCCCUUAUAUGGCCUAUAUGGAGAUGUGCCACUAGACAGGGUAUGGUUGUGUCCUCCUUGUCCUAAACAGGGUAUAUAAUUUCGCUCGAGUCUGUCCUAAACAGGGUGUCUGAUUCUUUUGAUGGUCUGUCGAACAGAUAUCAACUACAACAACAGCAACGGUCAGGGGAUUUCCUUGCUGAGAAAAAGGCCAAAUUGAAGAGUCGCAGUAAAUUUUUUUCAUCAAGAUCUUUUUCCGGAAAACAAGUAAAUACAGCGGAACCUGCUCGGCUGCCCCACGAUUGACUUCUGUUGUAUUUGAGAUAUUAGAGAGAUUAAGAUUCACGUUUACGGCAUACGGCAAACGGCAAACGUCAGUUGAGAAUUUCUCAGAAUAGAAAAUAAGCAGAUAAAAACAGUCCAGAGCGAUUCUUAUGGAUAAAGCUGGCAUAAAACUACUUAUUUUUGUGUGGAAACAAUAAACAGUAAAGGGAAAAUAAGGGGAAAAACUUGGUCACGUGGUACAAAGUCACGUUUGCCGUUUGGCGUAAACGUGAAUCUUAAUCUCUCUAAUCUCCCUUUUCUCACUCCACCCUGCGUCCCCAGAAGGGCCUUAAAAUAAUAAGUUCCCGUGUUAUGGAGUGUAAUAGAGCGUGUACAUUACGUUUAAAUCGUAUUGUAUAAUUUCCAAUUUUGCAGGUCAGUUGUUAAAUUAUAAUGUACUGUUUAAAGAUUUUUUUGUUUGCAUGACAGUUGGAGCUGACUUUUUUUUUCUUUGUAGUCUUAGACUUCAAGAUACAUGCCUGGAGUUAUGUGAAAUUACAGUUAUGCCAGCUGUCAAGGUUACUUCGGUGAGUGAAUUAAUGACCUCGACCAAGUCCCAAAAGAGCUCUUCGGGGAAAGUUCCUUGGAAAGAUGAUGUUCAUCCAGGUGUUUACAGGCAAUGCCGGAAAACACGCAAGUCUUUUUGAUGGAGUUAGGAUGGCUGUUCAUGAAAGAACCUUUCUUGUAGAUCGGAAACCGUAGAUAAUCUAUAAUUUAACAGAUGAUGUAAAUAUUUGUACAUAUUAGUUGCCUGUACUACUUGUUACUUGAUUUGUUUCAGUGCUGUGUUUUUUGGCAAGCAAGCAAAGCACAUAGAAACACAAAACACUUAAAAGAUUUGUAACAAACUUUGCAAUAGGCCAUAUUAACGACGACAUUAUUUUACUACUACGACCAGAAUCC